AAAGUAUAUAUUAUCUUCAAUUUGUCAUGGGUGAAGUAAUGGCAACAUUCUUAUUUUAUCACUGCUCCAACAUGGUGAUUGUAGCCAACUGCACAUGUCUCUACCAUCACUCCUUACAUGCAGUACUCUGUGACAAGCCUCCCCAUUAAGCCACGCUGUUCUGCACAAGUGAUUAUCUUUUGCGAGGAGUAUGUGGCGGUGCUAUUUCAUGAUACAACUUCAGCUGGUUCCUUGAUAACCUUCAUCUUGUCUAUUCAGCUCUCAGGUUUGGUUUUGCUCAGUUUGAUAAAUCUCUCUUUAAGAAGUUUUCUACUGGACACACCAGGAAUUUGCGUCCAAAUGGAUACAAGCAGCAACAGCUCUGGAAAGGCAACAGGCGAGGAUGGAGAGGUGUACGAACAUUUUGCGCUCAUCAGAGCUGGAAUUUUGGGUUUGGUUUUUGUGCUCGCAACAUGUGGUAAUGUUUUCUUCUUGGGAACACUUUGGAAGAAGCGCAAAAGAAACUCAAAGACCCAGCUUUUCCUCUUGCACCUGUGCUUGGCUGAUCUGGUGGUCGCGUUUUUCCAAGUCCUGCCGCAGUUUUCCAUUGAAAUUACGCACAGGUUCAGAGGCACUGACUUCCUGUGCCGAUUCGUAAAAUACUUGCAGGUGGUUGGGAUGUUUGCCUCCACGUACAUGAUAGUGGCUAUGACCAUAGACAGGUAUCAUGCUGUGUGUAAGCCGAUGGUUUCCUUUUUGAAGGGCUCAUUUCGGAGAUAUCGCUCCAUAGGCGCAGCGUGGCUGAUUUCUCUCGCCUUCAGCUCUCCUCAGCUCUUCAUCUUCUCUCUCCGGGAGGUGGAGGAGAAUCAGUACGACUGCUGGGCGACAUUUAUUGAACCGUGGGGAAGCCGGAUAUACAUCAGUUGGAUCACUCUGUCAGUGUUUGCCCUGCCAGCCGUUAUUGUGCUCCAUUGCCAAAUAAAAAUAUGUACAACAAUCUACUUCAACAUGAAGAGAAAAGCGCUGCAAGCAGGGCGCGCAGGCACGAAAGGGGUGUCCAACGUGAUGCUGAAGACUGUGAAAAUGACAUUUGUUAUUAUAAUGGCAUACACUAUUUGUUGGAGUCCAUUUUUUGUUGUGCAGUUGUGGUCUGCAUGGAGCCCAAGCAGCGCGCCUACUAAAGGUCCAGUGUUUGCCAUCAUCAUGUUGCUGGCCAGUCUCAACAGUUGUACCAACCCUUGGAUAUAUCUUUACUAUAGCUGACAAAAUGGCAGAACUGCAUGAGCCAAAACUGUUACAUUCCAUCUGAUGUCUGUGGAUAUGCCACUUAAGAAAGAAGCCAGGCCCCGAGGACCACCAGAUGGG